AGUUGGGAAGUGGGAAUCAAUGAAUGCAUCGACGAGAAGAAAAGUGCGAAAAUGCUUUUCUCUAUUGUCGGAUGGAAUCAGAAGGUUCAGAUUAUUCUAAUCUGUAUUUCUGGUUGUAGCCCCACCCACCCUCUCCAACUAUACGUGUCAGCUUCUCUCUUAAAAUGCAAGUAACUGUAACCUCCUGAUGGAUGCAAUCAAGAGAUGAUUUCACAAUCCUAAGCUAGAAACCACCUCACUUCUCUGAAAGAGACGGAGAGAGAGAGGAAAACUUUCAGAGAAAAGAUGUAUGGAUAUUGUGGCUGUCUUUCAACGCCAUUUCUUGCUCCGACCUUAACCUUUCGCUCGAAGGUUUUCAGACACAAUAACUUCUUUGCCUUAGAAAAUCUUGGUAGGUCUCAAGAAGCGCAGAAGCUGCAGAAGUUCUUUCAAUCAUCAAGAACUUUAAAAAACAAGGUGGACCUAUACUCAAUAAGGGCUGUUCUAACUGAUGACAACUUGACUAUGGCUGCUGAAGAUGCCACUGCAAGAAUUGGCCUGCUAUCAGUGGACCCUGGGUUAGAAUCAUUCAAGGAACAUUUUCAGUAUAGAGCGAAGACGUAUACUGAGAAGAAAAAUCUCAUUGAGAAGUAUGAAGGAAGCCUUGAGAAUUUUGCACAAGGUUACUUGAAAUUUGGAUUCAACAGAGAAGAAGGUGGUAUUGUCUACCGUGAGUGGGCUCCAGCAGCUGAAGAAGCAGAAGUUAUUGGUGACUUCAACGGAUGGGAUGGACAAAACCACAAGAUGGAAAAGAAUCAGUUUGGAGUUUGGGAAAUCAAAAUUCCAGACUAUAAUGGAAAACCUGCCAUUCCACACAAUUCUAGAAUCAAGUUCAGAUUCAAGCACAAUAAUGGUGUUUGGGUUGAUCGUAUCCCUGCUUGGAUUAGGUAUGCAGCUGCAGAUCCAACAAAAUUUGCAGCACCAUAUGAUGGUAUUUACUGGGAUCCACCACCCUCAGAGAGAUACCAGUUUAAGUUUCCUCGUCCUCCAAAUCCUGAGGCUCCAAGGAUAUAUGAAGCUCAUGUUGGGAUGAGCAGUGCAGAACCCCGUAUUAAUUCAUAUAGAGAAUUUGCAGAUGAUGUUUUGCCACGUAUUCGGGCCAAUAAUUAUAAUGUUGUGCAGUUAAUGGCUGUUAUGGAACAUUCCUACUAUGGAUCAUUUGGCUAUCAUGUCACUAACUUUUUUGCUGUGAGCAGUAGAUCUGGGACACCUGAGGACCUCAAAUAUUUAAUUGAUAAAGCACACAGCUUAGGAUUACGAGUCCUGAUGGAUGUUGUUCACAGUCAUGCAAGUAAUAAUAUCACAGAUGGCCUCAAUGGUUAUGAUGUUGGGCAAAGUUCUCAAGAUUCUUACUUCCACACAGGAGACCGAGGAUACCAUACGCUUUGGGAUAGUCGAUUGUUUAAUUAUGCUAAUUGGGAAGUUAUUCGCUUCCUUUUGUCCAACUUGAGGUGGUGGCUAGAAGAAUUCAAAUUUGAUGGUUUCCGGUUUGAUGGAGUAACUUCAAUGUUGUAUCAUCACCACGGCAUCAACAUGGCAUUUACAGGAAGCUAUAGUGAAUACUUCAGUGAGGCAACUGAUGUUGAUGCUGUGGUUUAUAUGAUGAUGGCCAAUUGUUUAAUACAUAACCUUUUACCAGAUGCAACUGUAGUUGCUGAAGAUGUUUCUGGUAUGCCUGGACUUGGUAGACCAGUCUCGGAGGGUGGAAUUGGUUUUGACUAUCGCCUGGCAAUGGCAAUUCCUGACAAAUGGAUUGACUACAUAAAGAAUAAGAAAGAUGAAGAAUGGUCUAUGCAGGAAAUAUCAGGGAGUUUGACUAAUAGGAGACACAGUGAGAAAUGCAUAGCUUAUGCAGAAAGUCAUGACCAGGCUAUAGUUGGUGAUAAGACGAUCGCCUUUCUUCUGAUGGAUAAAGAAAUGUAUUCUGGCAUGUCUUGCUUGGUUGAUCCUUCUCCAAUUGUUGAUCGAGGGAUUGCUCUUCACAAGAUGAUUCACUUCAUAACAAUGGCUUUAGGAGGAGAAGGCUACCUUAAUUUCAUGGGGAAUGAGUUUGGUCACCCUGAAUGGAUUGACUUCCCAAGGGAAGGUAACAGUUGGAGCUAUGAUAAAUGCAGACGUCAGUGGAACUUGUUGUAUACAGAUCACUUGAGAUACAAGUUUAUGAAUGCUUUUGACAGAGAAAUGAACUCUCUUGAUGAUAAAUUUUCAUUUCUUGCAUCAACAAAGACUAUUGUGAGCAGUACAAAUGAAGAAGAUAAGGUUAUUGUUUUUGAACGCGGAGAUCUGGUUUUUGUGUUUAACUUCCAUGCAGAGAACACUUAUGAAGGAUAUAAAGUUGGCUGUGACUUACCUGGGAAAUAUAAAGUUGCACUGGCCAGUGAUGCCUUCCAGUUUGGUGGACAUGGAAGAGUGGACAAUGAUGUUGAACAUUUCACAUCUCCCGAAGGAAUACCUGGAGUGCCCGAGACAAAUUUCAACAAUCGCCCCAACUCUUUUAAAGUACUAUCACCCUCACGCACAUGUGUGGCUUAUUACAAAGUUGAAGAGGAUAUAGAAGACGAAAGAAAGGAAGAUGAUGAUGAUGAAGAAGAAGAAGAGAGCACAGAUCUUAGCUCAGGAUGAAGAUGUUGAUGGUGGUUUUGCUGCUAUUGGAGCUCUUCAUGUAAUGGAAGAUAUGAUAGAUUUCGACUCCCCAGAUGAUGACUAAGUGAAUAAUAAUAAUAAUAAUAAUAAUUGUGUAUAUCUGCUCUCUACAUUGGACUUAAUUAAGCUAUUACGUGAGCUGACUAGCCAUUGAUGAGAAGUAAUUGCAAGUUUUGUUGUGCUUGUUUCAUA